AUGCCCAGUCAAGGCCUCCUCACCUCCUAUCUGCUAUCGAGCACGCCGCACGCGCUCACCCGAGCUACUACGCAUCCAUUCCUCGUGUCCGCAGGGCGAGGCACGAUACCCAAACCACUCCUCUCGCAAUGGCUCUCUCAAGACCGGCUCUACGCGCAAUCCUACAUCCGCUUCAUCGGGCUACUCCUCGCAAAAAUCCGGCUACCAGCACACAACCCGAACAGCGCAACGCCGCGAGUCGCCACCUCGGAGCAACACGCCGUCGAUGUACUCAUCGAUGCGCUGGUAAACAUCCGCACCGAGCUCCGCUUCUUCGACGAUACAGCCGCCGAGUACGACCUCGACCUGACAGCCAUCUCCGUCGAAGAGGGCGGCGUCGGGCUGGGCGAGAGCGGGACCGGCAGCUACAUCACGACGUCGGCGGAUAUCUCGACCACCGGGUCGGGCAGCUGUCCCGGGUUCACGGGCGGGCAUGCGGGCAAGGGCACGGAGACGGGCGAGCGCGAGAGCGGGCUGCACGGGCUGUGCGGGUCGCAGGGCGAGUGCCAGAUGCAGGCUGACGGCGGCGAGGUGUGCUACCCGCCCACGCAGUCCAACAGCAACAGUAUCACCAACACGCAAACCACCCAAAACAUUCAACAGGGCCAGGACCAGAGCCAACCUGCCAACCUCGAGCCUACACACGGCGAAUGCGACCCCGCCUGCCGCACCACCGAUACCAGUAACCCGUCCGCCGAGCCGCUCGAGCGCGGCGGGCCCAUCUUCUUCUGUGCGACUCGCACCACGCGCGCCUACAUCGAUUUGUUUAUGUCGGCCGGCAGUGCCGGCGUCUCCGUGCUCGAGGGUCUGGCUGUAUUGUGGGCGACGGAGGUCUGCUAUCUACGCUCGUGGCGGUAUGCAAGCUCGUUCCUCAAGGAGCGCGAGGCAAACCCCAGUAGUGAUGACACGGACGGCGGGGCGCUGCGCGAUAAGUUUAUUCCGAACUGGUCGAGUGCCGAGUUCGAGGCGUUUGUCAAUGGCAUUGGCGAUGUGCUGGAUGAAAUGGCCGAGUCGAUUAAGGGUGCCGAGGAGGCGGAGAUGAUGCGUGGACGGUGCUUGGAGUGGUGGAGGCAGGUUGUGUGGUUGGAGGAGCGGUUUUGGCCGACGCUUUGA